AUGGACGAUAAAGAUAAUCCUGAUCCAGGGACUGAUGAGUUCGCCAGCGACUCUAGCUGGUCACUCGUUCCUGGCUCAGAUAGCGUCAAUUACUUCUUCUCUAGCGACAGAGAGAACUCCAUACUCAGUGAAUUCGGCUGGAAUCUUCAGCCCGAUGAACCAUCCCGGUUUACGGAUAUCGAUCGGGUAGAAGCAGAAGAGAGGUCCGAUUUGGCGGGAAACCUAGAGAUUCAGCGAUCAUCAGGAGCAGGUCCGGCCAGGUCUAGUGUUGGCGGUGGCGGUGACUUUUCAUCUUCGAAUUAUCCGUCAGUAUCAUCAAGCUCCAGCGAGGAUCCGCCCGAGAAGUCUACGGGCUCCGGCGGGAAACCGCCUGAGAUACCGGGAAAGGUCAAAAGGAAGGGGCAAAAACGAAUCCGGCAGCCACGCUUUGCAUUUAUGACUAAAAGUGAAGUUGAUCAUCUUGAAGAUGGAUACCGAUGGCGGAAAUAUGGACAGAAGGCAGUUAAAAAUAGUCCAUUUCCUAGGAGCUACUAUCGGUGUACAAAUAGCAAAUGCACUGUGAAGAAAAGGGUUGAAAGAUCUUCUGAAGAUCCCACCAUUGUGAUUACCACAUACGAAGGCCAGCACUGUCAUCAUACUGUUGGUUUUCCUCGAGGAGGAUUAGUCAAUCACGAAGCUGCAUUUGCUAGUCACAUGACUCCUCCAAUGUCACAAUUUUAUUACGCAAGAAUGCAGUUACCCCGAGAAAAUCCUCAAAGUACUGUGGUACAGUCGCAACCAUUACCAGUAGAUGCAAGAGAGUGCAGUACAGUGUCAACGCCAACUCCCCGACUUCCAACAGAUGAAGGACUGCUUGGUGACAUGAAGGUCACACUUGUCAUCAGGGAAGAGCUAGAGUUUAAACAUAAGUGCCGCAAAGAGAUUCUCCUUGAAAUAUGGGGGCAAAUAGAUCUUUUCCGUGAGCAGGACGACGAACUUGAUUUUUUUAGCCCGGAGUGA